AAAUUUUAUUCAAAAUUAGAGCUAAUACAUUAUUUAAUUAAUUAAUUAAAACAGAAAAUAAAGAAGUCUAGCACUUUAUUCAUUUCCUCUACCAACAGAAGCCGAAAAGAAAUUCAAUAAACGGACAUGAAACAACAAAGACAUUCAACUUGAUUUUAAACAAGAAUUUUCCAUAUAAUCAAGCGCGUGUAUAUUGACCUUUGUCAUCGAAUAUCAAUACAGAUUGUGAUCCAAUAUCACUUACUAAACAAUUAAAACCUAUAAAAAUAUACUUUUCAGUGGCGUAGCUAGGAAUUUUUCACCAUUGGGCCGUUUUCCAACUAAACUAUUCUGAGGAUUGGACAACAAUGGGCAAUUAAAAAACAAUUGGGCCACAAUUUUUUAAAACUUAUUGCCAUCACAAAAACGAAUAUUUAUUGAAGAGAGGCUCGUGUUUCUCAAAUUAAGAAGCGAGUUUACUACUGCUGGAGCUAAGAAAAAUUCUGAAGAUUCUUAGCCUCAAUCGUUACUGCAGUUGAAAAUUACUACGUAAUAUUCAUUUCAAAUAAAGAGACAUAAAUAUCUUUUGAUGGGAGCAUGGUAGAGAUAUGCGGUGUUUACCAUUGGAUGGUGGAGGUAACAAUGCAAUAAGUCCUGUCUUAUCAAAUUUCUGGCACAUUUUUUGAAUUUUUUCCGAUUUAUUCAAAAAAUAUACGUUUUUAGAUGGAUCUAUAGAGUAAACUUUCACCGCAAUAUAACAAAAAAGAAACUUUUCUGCUAAUUUUAUCAAAAAAUUGCCUAACUUCUCGCAAGUAAAUGCCAAUGAUGCAUUUUGAACGGGUUCUAAUAGUGCUCGACUGGUCCUGAUUUACAGAUCUUUGAUCGAUAGUUCUAAUGGAUAUCUCAAAAUUGAAAAUCCAUUGUGAUGAUUUCAUGCUCUAGAUGAAUUUCUAUAACGUUCAAACCAAAACUCUCUGAAAAACAUAUCAGAAAAUCUGCAAGAAACGAUUCGAUGCACCUCCGUUUUUUCGAAUGGUGAAUUCCUACUUACCAGGGAACUACUUCAACUGAUUCCGAGCUUUCGGCUUCAUCUUUUGGCUACAGGUAGGCCUCAAUGAGAGUACGAAAAUACUAGAAGCGUUCGUGUCCAUGACUCUUCCUUCCCGAGAUAUGGUCAAAACUAUGUCAUAACAAAAGGGAUUUUUCUCAUUAUUGAAAAGUUUCUUUUUUACAUCAAAAUAGUUUUAGAUUGUUUUUUAUACAGCCAACCCUAGUAAUAGCUUGUUUUCUGCAAUUUACUGUAGAAAACUGUGAUCUUAUAAUAAAAUAUAAACCAGGCCGAACAAUUGUUCUAUCAACACAUCAUCUUGAUGAAGCUGAUCUAUUAAGUGAUCGUUUAGCAAUUAUUUCUUCCGGUGAAUUACAAUGUGUUGGUACAACAAUGUAUUUAAAACGAAAAUAUGGUGAAGGUUAUAAUUUAAUUAUUGAAUUAACAUCAAGAUCAAAUGAAAAUGAACUUAAACAAGAUUUUCGCAAUCCAAUAAUGAACAGAAAUUCUCCUUUAAAUUCUAUACAUUUUGUAAAAUUAACUGAAUUUUUUCGAAAAUUUAUGUUUGAUAUUCGUGUAAAAGAACAACAUGAUGAUCAAAUAAUUUAUGUUCUAUUAGAUGAUGCUGAACAUACAAAAAUUUUUCCAACAAUGCUUGCUGAAUUUGAUCAAAAUAAAACAAAAUAUCAUAUAAAAACUUAUGGUUUAUCAAAUUGUAGUCUUGAACAAGUAUUUCUUAGUGUUGGUGAUGAAAUAAAACGACCUGAAGAUUAUGAACGUUUAUCAUGUUGGAAAAAAAUUCAAAAUCGUGUGAAAAAGUUCUUUGGAAAAAAUAAAGAGAAAAAAAAUCGAAAGAAAUAAUGAUGAACAAAUACAAAUGAAUACAAAAUUAAGUGGUAAGAUUAUUAUUAAAUAAUAAUAAGUAUUCAUUCAUUUUUAUUUUAGAUGAAUGAAAUUCAUAUACACCUGAACGAUAUACAGGUAUACAUUAUAUAACUACACAAUUAAAUGCUUUAAUUAUAAUGCAUUAUCCUGCAAUGAUCAAUUCUGAUAUUCACCAUCGAUUUUAUACGCAAUGAAUUAUAAUGCAUUAUUAUUAGAUGUUAGAUACUCUAUUAUUCACUAUUGACUUUUGUUUUUAUGCAUUACAUUGCAUCAUAAUAAAAUGACAUAUUCCUUUAUGCCUUAUUGAAUAUAUUUUAAUGCACUAUUAUUAGAUGAUAUUAUGUUGUCUAAUAUUGAUUAGGGUUACAUGAAUUUCGGCCCACGAGUUUUUUGUCCCGGACUUUCGACCCAGGCCGAAAUUCCGGUGACUUUUCGACCCGGGCCGAAAGUCCGAAAGGAAUUUCAGACCGAAACUUGAUUUAUCUAAUUAGUUUUAUAAAUAAUUAGUAAACUUCAUGGCGCUCAGCACUACGCACUUUCAAGAAAACGUUGCGCUCGGCAGUAUGACAUGUUGCUCAGCAAGAUAACAUAGUACUCAGCAGUUAGACAUGAUGUCUGGCAAGAUGACAUAAUGCUUAGCAGUACGACAUUGUGCUUGACAGUAUGACGUAGUGC